GUCUUGCCAAAAAAGCACUGAAAAAAAAAAAAAGAAUAUUUCAAUGUUAGCGAUUUCGAUUUUUACUAGUAGUUGAAACUAUAUAGCUGGUGAUAUGUUAACUACUAAAUUUUUUCUUUUGAUUAUCCUAGCAGCGUACGUCACGUGUGCUCGCAAUAAUGAUGAUAAUAAAAAAGGAAAAUCUUGGAUUAUAAAUGGACUACGUAAGUGCGUUUGUGGUGAUAUAGACGAUGAACUAGAUAACCGAUGUGGGUCUCAAGAGCCCAUUAAAACAGAACUUGGAAUAAACCUUACAAAAAAAGAUGACGGACGAGAAUUCCAUUCAAUUUCAAGAAAAAAUAUGAAAUAUGAAUUGGAUGAUAUAACUGAUAUUGGUAAAAACAGCGGUUAUUUUACUAUAACUCCAAGUCAAAGAGAGGAUGACAGAAAACAAACAGAUAGUACUAGUGGAUAUUCACACCAUUUUGAUGAUCCAACCGUUACAGGCGGUGUACCAGACGAUCGACGUGGGUCUCAAGAGCCCAGUAAAACAGUACCAGGAAUAAACCAUACAGCAACAGGUGACGGACGAGAAUUCGAUUCUAGUUUAAUAAAAAAUACGAAGCAUGAGUUAGAUGAUGAUGUAGAUAGUGAAGACGAUUUUUACACGAUAAUUCCAAACCAAAGAGAGGAUUCUCAAGAGCCCAAUAAAACGUAUCAAAGAAAAAUUAUUACACCAACCGGUUUUGGACAACAAUUCGACUCAAGCUUAGGACUAUAUACGGAAUAUGAAUUGUACAAUAUAACUGAAGCAAGCGAAGAAGAUAGUGACAGCGAUUAUUCCACUGUAAACCAAAAUGAAAAAAAAAAGAAGAUCAUAUAAAACAAACGGAAAGUAGAUUAUUUUGGCGAUACAAUCGUUACAGGUUAUUGGGUGAUAAGUAAUAAUGAAUAUGUAAAAUUUAGCAAAAAAAAAACGAAGACAAUUUAAGCUCCGACAAAUGUAAAUUCAAAUACAGAAAGCAACAAAUCUACAUUAGAGAUAAAAAUUCAAAAUAUAUAAAUUAAUAAAUAAAACGUAUUGUAUUCCAAUAAAAUAAGAUAACAAUAAAAGAAAAUAUUAAUUACUGUA